GGGACUCGAUCCCGGGACUCCAGGAUCAUGACCUGAGCCGAAGGCAGUCGCUUAACCAACUGAGCCACCCAGGCGCCCUCUCCCAUAUAGUUCUAAUCAGGUUUUAUUUCUCCAACCAUCUGAAGUGAUUUUACUUCCAGGGGGCAGAUCUGAAUCGAAGCAUCCCAAGGGCCUGUGAUCCUGGAGCUCUGAGUCACACCAAGCUCAGUCACAAAGUCAUGAAGCUAAAUUGGCUGCACCUGGAUCCUAAUGGCCAAUGCCUAGAGGGCCUCUGAUUCUGUGGAAACUCCACUUGCUCCCACUUUAUGAUAUGUUCCUUCCCCUUAUCCCUAUAGAUCUCCCCACUGGUCUGAAAUUCCUCCCCUGUGGAUUCACUGCUUUGGUUUCGCAAAGUCUGAACAUACGGUGUAACCCACUCGUUUCGGAGGAAGCAUGACACCUUGCAAGACAUCCAAAACUCGGAAGUGGAAGGAUGGGAGGGCAGGGAAAGGACUGGAAGGGAAAGUGAGAGGUCUCCUGGAGCUCUGUUCGAAGGCUCGAGCUGUAGGCUACACUGGGACUAACCUCAAGAGCUCGGGGAGUCCAAAGAACUGUUGACACGCUGUGCCCUACACCAAACGGGCCCUCCCCCGGGGAACAGAGCCAGGGCCAAGGCUCAAAUUCCACCAGAAGGCAGUAGGGCGCCCUACACUUCCCAACCCUCGCCUCAAUUCGGCAGCGGCUCUGGCUCUGAGCUCAGGCCCGGCGGCACCCCGGCCCGAGGGGGCGCUCGCUCUCCCAUCCAAUGUCCGGCCCACAGCAGGCGCCACCUUGUUACUGGAUCUCCGUGGCAGAGGCCAAGCCGAAUUCGGGGUUCUCUUUACCAUGACGAGGUCUUCAGCAUCUUCUGCCGCGCGAGGUUGCGCUACACUUCCACGCUCCUCCGCCGCGGCCGCAUCGCGAGCCCCCUACACGCAUUCCCUCCCAAAUUCCUCCUUCUCCCACCAUCUCUGCCCCUUCUUUAGCAAGAUGGCGGCGAAGGCACUUCCGGCGUGUGUCCUUACGGGUGCGUCCGGGCGGCAGCUAGAGGUGCCACGCACCGAGUUCCAGCCUUUUUGCAGCAUAGUCUCUAGCGGUGAUGGCGGGUAGACAGUUUGCGUGGAGCGGGGCGUCUCUUCUCCAGCUCCUUCUUGGCGUGAACCUGAUAGUGAUGCCCUCCACCCAGGCCCGGAGUCUGCGCUUCGUUACGUUGCUGUACCGACAUGGAGACCGUUCGCCAGUGAAGACGUAUCCCAAGGACCCCUAUCAGGAAGACGAGUGGCCUCAGGGGUUUGGUCAGCUAACUAAGGAGGGGAUGCAACAGCACUGGGAGCUGGGCCAGGCUCUGCGGCAGCGCUACCACGGCUUUCUCAACACCUCUUACCACCGGCAAGAGGUUUACGUGCGAAGCACAGACUUUGACCGUACUCUCAUGAGUGCUGAGGCCAACCUGGCUGGACUCUUCCCUCCCAGCGGGAUGCAGCGUUUCAACCCAAAUAUCUCUUGGCAACCUAUCCCUGUCCACACUGUGCCCAUCGCUGAGGAUAGGCUGCUGAAGUUCCCGUUGGGCCCAUGUCCCCGUUACGAGCAGCUGCAGAACGAGACCCGACAGACACCAGAGUAUCAGAAUGAGAGUAUUCAGAAUGCACAAUUUCUGGAUAUGGUGGCCAACGAGACAGGGCUUACAGACGUGACACUGGAGACUGUCUGGAACGUCUAUGACACACUCUUCUGUGAGCAAACACACGGGCUGGUCCUGCCACCCUGGGCCUCACCCCGAACCAUGCAGCGUCUGAGCCAGCUAAAGGACUUCAGCUUCCGCUUCCUCUUCGGGAUCUACGAGCAGGCGGAGAAGGCCCGGCUUCAGGGGGGAGUCCUGCUGGCUCAGAUACGGAAGAACCUCACCCUGAUGGCUACCUCCUCCCAGCUCCCUAAGCUGCUGGUUUACUCUGCGCACGAUACCACCCUAGUUGCUCUGCAGAUGGCACUGGACGUCUACAAUGGGGAACAGGCCCCCUAUGCCUCCUGCCACAUAUUUGAACUGUACCAGGAAGAUAAUGGGAAUUUCUCAGUGGAGAUGUACUUUCGGAAUGAGAGUAACAAGGCUCCCUGGCCCCUGGUCCUGCCCGGCUGUGCUCACCGCUGCCCACUGCAGGACUUUCUUCACCUCACAGAGCCCGUUGUGCCCAAGGACUGGCAGCAGGAGUGCCAGUUGGCGAGCGGCCCUGCGGACACAGAGGUGAUUGUGGCCCUGGCUGUGUGUGGCUCCAUCCUCUUCCUCCUCAUAGUGCUGCUCCUCACCGUCCUCUUCCGGAUGCAGGCCCAGCCUCCUGGCUACCGCCAUGUUGCAGACGGGGAAGAUCAUGCCUGACAACCACUCAGCCCCCUUCCCUCAGCCUCCUAGGGGAGGUGGGCUGGGCCCUUGCUCCUGACUGUUGCUGCUCCCCAGCCCAUGGACAGGAGACCCUGGGAUGGCCUCCCUCCGAUGACCCCAACCUAGAUGAACAAGUGGGACUCGGCUUGGCCCAUGGCACCUGUCACUCAGCAUUCGCGUGCCUCCCUGUUCACCAAGUACUGUGUUGGACUUUGGCUUCCUCCAGACACGAUUGGCCUCCACCACGCUUACUAAGGACCAGAAGUGUAGACAAGUAUUCAAGUUUCACUCAGGACCUGAAAAACUGAAGGAGUUAGUGCUUGAUCAAGCCCUGCUCUCUCUUCAGCCCAGAGUUUUUGGCAAAUAGUUCAGAGGACACAGUCUUGCCUCUCAGUGCUUAUUUUAGUGGGAAAAACUGCACAACAUUGGAGGUACAGACACUGGCCACUAAGGAACCGGAUCGCCCAGAGGCCAGCCAGGCAAGUUUUCCUUUGCCCCCCCCUGAAGCCAUAGUCAGACAUACUGCUUCAGGCCUGUGUGUCACGCUGCAGAUGGAGCAGGUUAGAAGGGUGUUUGUACCGGGGUGGGCGGGGGUGGGGGGUGGGGAGUUGUGGUACAGUCAUGGCACCACUGUCCCUCUCAGCUAGGCUGGGGUCUCCACGGACCAGAGGCCAGUGCAGGUCGUGAGCUGGACAGCUUGUGACUGUGGCCCAGAAUAGGGCUAAGGCAGCUUCCAGAGAAGGAACGUUCUAGACUCUUAGUGCUGUUUCUGUGCUUUUUCUUCUUUUGGGGGCCCCAAGGAGCGCUUUGACCAGGUCAGUGCUGGAAGAUCCACUCAGAAGCUCAGUUGGGUAUGGUUUUAUUAGCCAAGUCAAUAGUGAGCACAAACCAAAAACCACUACCUGAUCCCUCUGUCACUGCUCAUCAAAGAAUAGAAAAGUACCUUGGCUCCAGGAGAAGCUUGGCUCCAGGCUAGAUAUAGCAGGGACCCUUGGGGCACCUGGGGCACCAACCCUGGAGAAGUUUCUGGAGCUAAGUCCAGAGCAGUAACCUGCUAGUGUCCCAGUCCCACAGUGUCCCUGCUCCGACCCUAAGACUUGGAUACCUUUGGCCCUUUAACACACAGCCGCCUCUUCUCAGAGGAUUUGUUCUCAGGCGGCUCCAAGCUCUGGCUUGGCCCGCACCUUCAUUAAUGUCUCUCAUGUCCGCAUCCCAGCUUCCUCCUGGCUCCAAAUGAGAAUGUGAUAACCUAGGAGGAGUGAGACCAGUCUGACUUGCACCUUCCAUGACCAGUCUCUCAGAACUUGGGGCUGGCCCAGGGAACCCAGGACUUGGUCAGGAAAUACCAGGAAACCAGACAGCAGCCAGGCACUGUCAUGACCAAGACAAAGCAAGAGGCAUGGAGGGCCUAGGCCAAAGAGUCCACUGUCUCCUGUAAACCUUUACUGACUCCUACCCUGGGGUGACUGGCAGGGCUAAGCUGAGGGGAGCCUGCACUCAACCUGGGGGGGUAGGGUAGGGCUUGGCCAAUCUGAGAUACAACCUGCUUCACUCACCCAUCACAGAGGCCAGCGUGUCCCCCAUGGGAUUGAACUCAUUGAGCUGCAGAGACAAGGGCAUAAGCGUCAGGAGGAGGUGAGGUAUUGGGAGAAGGGCACAUGAGGAUUAAUUUCUGGUCAUUUUUGGUCAGUUAAGGUAGGUUGAAGCCCUGCUUCCUCCCUCAUUAUUUGAGGGCCCAAACCUCACCGAAAUGAUACCAGAAGAUUCUGGGUCAUAGAGCUGAUACAUCAUCUUCCCUGAGUGUCCAUCAAACACAUCGAUCGUCCUUAAUUCAUGGGGGGUACAGCUUUUGAAAUUAGGAUCUGGGUAUCGGCCCACGACAAUGAGGUUGUACCGAGGAUGCCAGGUUGCCUAGGAGAUGGAGAGUUGUCAUGAGAGUAAAUGAGUACUAUCAAGAGGGACACCAAAAGUAUUCUUUGCCACUCACAACUGUUAAUACAAUUGCCAGCAAUUUAAUAAUGGAGAUAAGACCCACAUGAAACUACAGGAACAGCUUUCAAGUGCAUGUGCCUCUACCAUCCCAAAUUUUUAACCCCAAAUUGGCGUCUCUGGACCUUGGGACGUCUUCAGGCCUUUUCUCUCUUUUGUGUUUCCUGCGAUCAUACCAACUGAUAAAUGUUUUAACAUCAGCUUGACCCAGACAUUAACCAAAGCCUGCAACCAAGCAAAGACCAAGUAGGACAUACGUUCUGAAGUAAUCCUACUACUGUCCCUCCUCUAUCAACACGAAUGAUGAGGAGUUGAGCAGAAAAUGGCUAGUGGCCAGGAAAAGGAAGGAAACCUAUGUUCCCCUAUGUUCCAAAACAAAUCUGGCAGUUGGUCAGAAUGACAGAAUCAGAUGGGGUUUUCCUAAGAAAUUGCAAGGAAGUGUUGAAGGAGGAAAAACAUGGUUAGCAGGACGGACAGAGUGGUAUGUGCCGUGGCUUGGAAAUAGGUCACAAGUCCCACCUGGGAAGCUGGAAAUUGUCCUGGCUGGAUACAAAGUGGGAGAUGACACAGAGAUCAGUGGGAACCAACCAGUGAAGAACGCUUGUUCUGAAGAGCCUGUAUUUGAUGUGAGGUAUGCGGGAGCUACUCUAGUAUUAAAUGAUCACUGCUGA